UCUGCUCAGCAGAGGAAGUCUGCACACAUUGUGAAAGUAAAGAACACAUUCAGAGCAGUUUCACGGAGAGGCAGAGGGAGUUCUUUAGAUUUCAAUUUACACAUGAGAGAGGAAAUGAGUCCAUACCUUAGCUUCCUGCUGUUGAGUUUGGUGCUACUGGACAGGGAAGUGGUUCUUUCCCAGGAGUGCACCAAAAUCAAUGUGAACACCUGUAAAGACUGCAUCACCUCUGGUGCAUUCUGUGCCUGGUGUAAACAAAAGAAUUUUACAAACAAAGGGGAGCAAGAUUCAGCUCGCUGUGACACCAAGGAAGAACUGGAAAAAAGAGGAUGCACAGAGACCAACAUUAUCAAUCCUUCCAGUAUUUUUACUCCAACUGUGGAUAUCCCCCUUAGAAGCGGCAAUCAACCAAUUCAGUUAGCACCGCAGCAAAUAAAUCUGGAGCUUAGGCCAGGCAAGCCCACGACUUUCCCUGUGAGGUUCAAGCGUGCUGACGGAUACCCAGUGGACCUCUACUACCUGAUGGACCUCUCCUACUCCAUGAACGAUGAUCUGAAAAAAGUGAAAGACCUGGGGACAGAUAUACUAAAGGCUCUUAAACAGAUCACCCCUUAUGCACGAAUAGGGUUUGGCUCUUUCGUGGACAAAACGGUUUUGCCGUACACAAACACCCAUCCAGACAAGCUAAAGAAGCCGUGUCCAGAUGCUGAACAGUAUUGCCAGGCAGCGUUUGGUUACCAGCAUGUACUGAGCCUGACGGAUGACGGGUCCAGAUUUCAGCAGGAGGUCUCGGCUCAGUUCAUCUCAGGAAACCUGGACUCACCUGAGGGAGGCCUGGAUGCCAUGAUGCAGGCUGCAGUCUGUGGGAACAAGAUUGGCUGGGGCAACAACACUCGUCUGCUGGUCUACACAUCUGAUGACGGGUUUCAUUUUGCAGGAGAUGGCAAACUUGGUUCUAUUCUGACUCCCAAUGAUGGCAAGUGCCACUUGGAGGGAAAUCGGUACACCAAAAGCAAUGAAUUGGAUUAUCCAUCUGUGGGUCAGUUGGCACAGAAGCUGGAUGAAAACAACAUCCAGCCAAUCUUUGCCGUUACCACGAACAUGCAAUCUGUUUACAAGGAACUGAGUGACAUGAUACCCAAGUCUGCUGUAGGUGAGCUCUCAACAGACUCCAGUAACGUAGUGACUCUCAUCAAGGAUGCCUAUAGUAACCUGUCCUCGACGGUGAUUAUUGAACACAAUCGUCUCCCAGAAGGGGUCUCCAUCUUGUAUAAAUCAAACUGUGCUGAUGGGACAAGGAAGAAUGAACCCAGGGGAUCAUGCAGCAAUGUGAAAAUCAACAAUGAGAUUUCUUUUGAUGUAACUGUAACUGCAGAAAGGUGCAUGAAGCCUCAGUCCUUUGAAAUCAGACCCCUGGGGUUCACAGAGAAGCUGACUGUGAAAAUCACAACACCUUGCCAGUGUGAAUGUGAUGACCAGAGAGAUGCUGCUGACUGCACCAGCAAGGGACAUAUUGAGUGUGGAAUCUGCAGCUGUGACUCGGGUCACGUUGGGCAGAACUGUGAGUGUCGUGUCGGGGAUAAGACCGAAAAGGAACUGAACCAGGGCUGCAGAAGAGACAAUGGCACCAGCAUCUGUUCAAACCUUGGAGACUGUGUGUGCGGUGUCUGCCAGUGUCACGCCAGCGAAACCCCUGGAAAACAGAUUUAUGGGACAUUCUGUGAAUGUGACAACAUGAACUGUGAACUGAACAACGGCAAGCUCUGUGGAGGACAUGGGAAAUGUGACUGUGGGAAGUGUUUAUGUGAGGAAAACUACCAGGGCAGUGCAUGCCAGUGCUUGAAGUCAGAUGAGGUCUGUAAAAACGCCAAUCGCACUGUGUGCAGCGGGAGGGGCCACUGUGAGUGCAACGUGUGCAAGUGCAAGCCUGGCUAUCAGCCGCCUUUCUGUGGAGAGUGCCCAGCCUGCCCGUCACCUUGUCCAAAAUAUGCGGCAUGUAUUGAGUGUCUGGGAUUUCAAAGGGGCCCAUACAGUAAAAAUUGCUCAAAAGCAUGCUCACAUAUCACACAUACAAAUGUGGACAAAGUGGUGAAUAGAAAGGUCUGUAAAGAAAAGGACUCUGAGAACUGCUGGAUGAUCUUCAUAAUGGAGGAAUUGGAUGGAGAGAAUCAGUAUAAAGCUAUUAUAAGCAACGAACGAGAAUGCCCUGAGCCCCCCAACAUCGCUGCCAUUGUGACAGGUACAGUCGCAGGUGUAGCUCUCAUUGGCUUGCUCCUCCUGCUAAUCUGGAAAAUCAUCGCCUUCCUGCAUGACCGUCAGGAGUAUCGCAAAUUUGAAAAGGACAAGGCAAAUGCAAAGUGGAAUAAAGCUGAUAAUCCGCUUUUUAAGGAGGCCACUACUACUACCAUGAACCCCAACUUCUCUGGAGACUAAAGCUAAAUGAUGUAUGACAGACAGUAACAACUGUAACUAUGUUCCCCUUUUCUGUUUGGUUAACAUAAGUGCUAUUAAAUAGGUACCCCGCUGAUGCUAAUAGCUUUUGAAGGAAUUGUAAGCCUUGCCUGUGCAUUAAAUGGUCUUUAAAAAGAUGCUUCUGAACCAGUUUUGCUACUAAACCGAGAAUCUGUAAUCACUGUAAGGGAGAAUAAAUGAUGCAAACAAUAACAGGAUAAAUGCUCCAAAUACAAUGGACCUUAAUGUAUUGUUGAUUUUCACUGAGGAUGCCCAUGUUAAUAAAUGUGAACAUACCAAGGAGGAACAGAAAGUCUGCAUCACUACCCUGGAGGACACAGUAUACAUUUCAAGACUUCAUAUUUACAGCUUCCUACACAGGUACAGAACAGGGCUGUCAGUUAAGCCUCCAAAUAGCAACCGAUUAAUUGACCACACAAAAUCGAAUCGUUCGAAUAAAUAUCGAUGAUUGUACCGCCCAAAUACAUUUUCGCUCUAUUCCUCUCCCCGCGACGUGAUUAUUUGAAUAUCAUUGCUGUUCAGUAAAAGCUUGUGCAUGCGAGGGGUAAUUACACCGUGGUAGUGUCAGGAGAAGAAAAAAAAAAACACAACAUUCGCAUUAAGACUAAGGCAGGUUUAACAUACUACAGGGGUGUUACUAAAAUAUUUAUUCCAAACAGAUAAUGGUACUUUGGAAAGUAGUCUGUAUAAACUAGACACACGUUUAUGAAACCAUAUUUUUUUUAUUCAGUGACAGCUGCAGCAUCACGGAUUGCAUCUUGUUAAUACUAUACCACUUAACCUUCACUAUCUGUGAAAUACACAAUGCGGAAAUCCCUGCCUAUACAUCAUCAUCAUCAUAAUAAUAAUAUAAUAAUAAAUUGAUUUACUUACCACAACAUGCAUACCCCCUACAGGUCAAGCUGACAGUUACUCCAAAAUUGCGUUUAACAUUACUGAUCGUUUUUUUUACAUUUUUUUUUUAACGUUAUUGAAUAUUGUUAAAUAUUCAGUUUAACUUAGACUUUUUACAUUUGGAAAAACGAAUGACUAAUCUUAAACUGUUGUAUUCAUACAUAACCUCAAAAAUCCAUCACUCAUACAUUAUAAAGUAAAACUUGGCUACUGAAAAACUAGAAAGACCCUGUUACCUAAAUGUUAAUAUUUAGUAUCAUUUUUUGCAGAUGUCUGUUACUACCUGUUCCAAUGACAUCCUCAUUAUCUGAGACAGAGCAAAUAGCCUUGUUAACUAUAAUUCAAAACAAGUUUAUUACUAGUUGCAGUACCAGUGUCAACUUGUAAACAUGUUAUAUCACAGACCCCCCAUAUAUAUAUACCAGAACACAUGAUCUUUAUAUACACUUUCUGAGUUUUGUUUGACAAGAGUAAUCUAAUUACUCAAAAACCCAAAAGUACUUAAAAUUGACACACAAAGAACUCUGACAAUAUAUUAUGCAUAUAUUGCUUAAUAUGAUUACUGGCAAACAUUUACAUGCUUUUCUAAAUACAUGCCAAGAUUCUCAUAACUUGUUUGUGAAUAAAUGGUAAUGUUAUUGGGCACAUGCAGCAUAUUUAAUGUAUAUAUUCAUGCUUUUUAUACAGUAUAUGCAAAUUAGUUUCAAGUGAACCUUCAUCUAGUUAAUGAAAUACCAACCUUUAUUAUUAUUAUUAAUUAGUCCUUUAGCAGAUGCUUUUAUCCAAAGCGACUUACAGAGACUUCGGGGUGAACUAUGCAUCAACAACGGCUGCUGCAGAGUCACUUACAAUAGGACCUUGGUUUUACAUCUCAUCCAAAGGACAGAGCACAAGGAGGUUAAGUGAUUUGCUCAGGGUCACACACAGUGAGUUUGUGGCUAAACCGGGAUUUGAACCAUGAACCCCUGGUAUCAAGCCCUUUCCUUUAUCCACUCGACCACCAAAACUACUACUGUGAAAUCAGAUCAGGGACCGGCUGCAUAAAAGUGGUUUAGACCCUAUUGCCUCUAUGUUCUUAUUACACUUGCAUAGUUAUUAUUAUUAUUAUUAUUAUUAUUAUUAUUAUUAUUAUUAUUAUUAUCAGUUAAUACAUGACAGCAAAGGCAAAUGCAGAACAAAUUACAAUUAGCAUCCAAUAUUCUACACAGUAACAGAUAACAGUUUGUAAAUAAAAAUAACAGCGGUCACAAAUAUAUUGAUUUAAAACAUUCUACCUUUUACAUCUGCCUGCCUAACUCAAUCUACUGAUACAUCUGAAAGAAUUUCAGUAAGUAACACUGUUUGUUUCGGGGGCAACAAGUUCUGAAACUGAAUCUGUUGACUCGCCUACCGGGAGUCACUGAAAUGGGGAUUCGUCUCCGAAAAUUUGUACCCCAAGUUCAGUUGGUCUUUGCAAUUUGGUUGGAGGAACAUCAGUUUUUGAAAUGUUGCUCUUAAAAAAGAUUUCUUUUUUAGCAUCUUGCACCAUAUUUUUCUACCGUUUCUGCACGUCUUUUAUAGACCACUUGCUCUGUCGAUUAACGUUAUUUACGUUCUCAGUAAUUCUCCCCCAUGCUUGGUGUUUGUAUUGUUUGCGCACUUGUUAGAAAAUGUCACUAACAGUGUUCAUUUUUCAACAUUGCACUCCUCAAAAGACAUCAUUUUUCAGCUGUGGUAAACUGCACACACAUCUUUCUUUUCUAACGUCAACCAUUGUUUCCUUCUCGGGCAGUCUUAAAUUACCCAGGACGCAUUGCGGGUUUGGCUCGUUGGACAGGCGUAGUAUGAGAAACUGCAUCCCAUGAUAAUGCAUCCCUUCGCAGCAUAAAGGAAUAUCGACGCUGCAAAGCUGACACCCUGGGAUCCUUCAAGAAGCUGCUUGAUGAGAUUCUGGGAUCAAUAAGCUACUAACAACCAAACAAGCAAGAUGGGCUGAAUGGCCUCCUCUUGCUUGUUUGGUUCUUAUGUCCCCUAGAAAGAGUCCUGAGGGUAUCAGAUGAUUCUAGAGCAUUUGCCAUUUACUCCCACCUUUCACUUCUAGAGCUUGGCAGCACUGCUGAAAUCAAGCCACCCUGUCCAUAACCCAACCCUAAAGCAACCCCUGCCCUAAACCUAACCUCAAACCCAAUACCUAACCCUAAACCUAACCAUUAAGAAUCACCUGAUGGCUGAUGCCCUUACGACACUUUCUAGGUGGUAUUCCUGUGUGCUGCGCAUCCUUUCAGCGCUGUUGGCUUCACCACGCAUGCACACGUUAUGUGAUGUACAGGGGAUUCACUUUUGCAUAAGAACAUAAGAAAGUUUACAAAUGAGAGGAGGCCAUUCGGCCCAUCUUGCUCGUUUGGUUGUUAGUAGCUUAUUGAUCCCAGAAUCUCAUCAAGCAGCUUCUUGAAGGAUCCCAGGGUGUCGGCUUCAACAGCUAUACCUAUGAGAAACUGCAUCCCGUGCAAUUGUGCACCCCUACUUUAUUAUAUUAAUAUUCACAUUUAGCUCUUUAUUUUGCAAUAAAAUAUGUUGUUUUAUUAAUAAAUGGGUUGUUCUGCUUCCGCUGUGUUAGUAAUGCAAACAAUUUAAGUGAUUUCCAAUAAAGGUCACAUUUUUAUGCCUUAAGUAUUUUUUAUUUAUUUUUUAUUUUUUUAAAGAUGCCACGGUUGAGUAAUCCUUCUCUGUGUUUGUUUAUUCAUAUAACGGGCCUUGUAACGCAAACUGCAUGUUUCUGACAUAACAAAAUUACAAUACUUUUUUUUUUUUUUUAAAGCAAACGAUAUGCAAAAACAUAGUAAUACUAAUAUACUAAUAUAUUUCGUCUAUUCGGUAUGCUUGGAUUAAAGCAUCGCAUUUACUAAUGUUGUCAGCGAUUAUAUUUAAAAAAAUCAAGAUUUUUUAAAAUAUAUAUAAAUCAAUUUGCACUUGAAAACAUUGGAUGAUAUAAAAAUACAUGCUGUUUUGUAAAAUAAUAUUGUAGAUGUUUGUAUUGCAAUACAUAUGACUUACUAUUAAACAAUAUAUUUUUAAAUGCU